CUCUGGGACAGAUGCACUGGGAUCACUGGCUCUCUCCCAGUCAGGAGAUCAGAAACACUACUGGACAUGACGGGAUAUGGUGGACGUUCACGCUGAAGUUCUGAAUGAGGAGUCUGGGCUGGAUGUAUGUUUGAUUGUUCCAUAUGUGUUGCACUUGUUUCCAUUUUACUCCAAGAGACUUCGUGCUGUUUAGAAGCAAAGAAGGCAUUCUACAAGUGACUAGACAGCAACUUCUGAAUCGACAAAACUCUCUCCAGAAUUUUUGAAAAGCAGCUGCUGAAGAGUGAUGCAUUAAAAUGCCUUUGGCUUGCCUUGCCCUGCAUUACUUAAAGUUGUAUUUGAAAUAUCACUGGCCUAAAUACCCCAAAUCAGUUUACAUUUAUCUGAUUUCAGGGGAAAUAUCAUUUUCUAGGUAAACUGGUUUGGUUUAUCUCAGUUGGAGACAACAUUGGCCUAGAGAUGACUGGAGCCCUGCUUACUGGAUUCACACUCUUCUCUUUGGUGGUGGGAUGUGAAAGUGAGCCAACACAUGCUGGACCAGAAAGAAAGGGAGACUCAAAUGGGCUGACUACUUCUGCAGAGGCCAGUUUAGCUUCCUUGUCACCAUGGAUCAGACAAAUGACCAGGAAGAAGCCUUGGAGUUGCUUCGGCAGACUGGACUUCGCUCACCAAUCUGGAUCAAGGAUCCCAGUAGAGUCACUUCCAAGCCUGUAGCCCUCUCCAAGCAGUAUGUGCCGUUCUCAGCACUCAGCUUCCCAAAGGAAUCUCGGGAAGGCUUUGUUCAUGUCAACAUAUUGUUCCCUGCCCUGUCAUCUGUCAGUGUGUGUGUUCGAGUUCAGUGGGACUCAGAGUGGAAUGAGGUGUCCACCAUCUUCUCCUAUGCUGCGCCUGUGUUUACCAACGAGUUCCAGCUGCGAGGCCAAGUGGACAUGCAGGGUCGAAUCCUCCUGGCGCUCAUCAUCCAUGGAAAGCACCUGCCGUAUAAGGCGUCGUUCCCAAAUGAUGGAGCGUGGCAUCACAUCUGUGUCACAUGGCAAAGGAGCAACAGUCACUGGGCUAUAUAUGUGGAUGGAGACAAGAAAGACACAGGCACAGGGACAGACACUUCCAGGGAUAUCUAUGGGAAUGGGAUCCUGAUCCUGGGUCAGGACCAAGACUCCUUUGGUGGAAAUUUUACAGAACCCUUUUUUGGAAAUAUCACCGACCUGAAUGUUUGGAACACGUCUCUGGAAACAAGACAUGUCCUUGCCCUCAACGCAUGCUCACCCAUGACCCAGGAAAUUCUUUUCAGCUGGAACCUUGAUCUUUUACGCUGCCACCCCUUGGUCAAAGAGAUCCAGGCCCUUCUGUUUUGUCCAGCAGGACACCAGCAGAUGGAGCUGCAGGGCUGCAGGACGCUGCAGGGCUGGACAGACCAGCUCCCGUUGCUGGGCCGGACAGACUGCUCUGAUCUACUGCCAUUCAUCUGCAGGAACAGCAGAGAGCGCUACCUCAAGAUGAAGCAGAUGAGGGAAUCUCAGGGCUCUCUGCCCACUGCCUUUAUGAGCCAACUGAUGAAGCUUUCCAACAAGAGCCAGCCUGUACUGGGGCAGCAGUCAUCGGGCCUGAGCAGCCUGACCCAGGCAUCAGCCCUGCUGGAGGUCUCUGCCCAGGCCCUGGAGGACACACACCAGCAGGGCCUGCAGCCAGCAGACAUGGUCUCCCUCAUCCAGCUGCUGUCUCUGGCUGCUGACAUCCCCUCACAGCCGGUGGACCAUGUCAGCAACCAGAGCCAGGACAGCGUGCAGGAGCUGAGCCAGCACUUCAUCAGUGUGGCCGACGGUAUCAUCAGCGAAGACAACGCCCUCAAGUGGCAGGCCAUCAAAGAGGUGGUGAACGGACCCAUGGAUGUGGUCAAGAGCAUUGACCGAAUGGUGACCAGCCUUAGCCCUCGCUUGAUGACAGAGAACGAUCACCUCACCUUUCACAGCCCCAAUAUCAAGCUGGAGGUGCAGCAGCAGAGGUUGCAAGAAGGUUCCAGAGGAUCAAGUUUCUGUGGGCCUGAGACACAGGAACACACCAGCUUAGACUGUAUUUCAGUCCCACAUGAGAAGAUACAGGAUCUCCAUAACAACGGCUUCCAUAGACUCACGUUGGUCAACACGUGGUACGGCUCUUUGCGGCCUCUUUUCAAUCCUGAGGAGAACAUCACCAUGGUGCCCACCGUCACCGAUGGCAGCCAGAGGUAUUUGGGUACCGUUCUGGGCUCUUCUGUCAUCUCCACCACAGUGCUGGGAGAUGACCAGCCGGUUAGCACCGCAGUUCGCUUUCAGCUCCAACACAAAGUACAGAAUCCCACUGGUACUAUGUAUGAUCCAGUCUGUGCCUUCUGGGAUUUUGAUCUCAUUCCAGAGGCUGGUGGAUGGUGGAACACCAAGGGCUGUGAGGUCGUGUCCAAACAAUACGGAUACACCGUGUGCUACUGCAACCACACCACCAAUUUUGCAUUGCUGCUGCAGGUGUAUGAAACCCAGAGGACGCCAGAGAACGAAAAAGCUCUGCAGGUGCUGACGUUCAUCGGCUGUGGAGUGUCUCUGUGUGGCCUCCUCUUCACCUUCAUCCUCUUCAUCGCUGUGGGUGUCCCCAAAUCUGACCGGACCACCGUCCACAAGAACCUGAUAGUUGCUCUGGGCAUUGCUGAGCUGCUGCUGAUGUGCAGUGACUGGGCAUCUGAAAAUGAGGCAGCAUGUUUCCUGGUGACUGUACUACUCCACCUCUUCUUCAUGGCCUCCUUCUCCUGGAUGCUGGUGGAGGGCCUGCUGCUUUGGAGCAAAGUUGUGUCGGUUAACAUCAGUGAAGAUCACAGGAUGAAGCUCUACUACAUCAUUGGUUGGGGACUACCUGUUCUGAUAGUUGGCGUAACAUUGGCGAUAUCAGCGGACAAGUACAAGGCGGAUGAUCACUGCUGGCUUAAUGUGAAGACUGACACAAUCUGGGCCUUUGUGGGACCUGUUAUAUUUGUCUUAGCGGUCAAUGCAGUUGUGCUGUGUCGGGUUGUCAUGGUGACCGUUUCCAGUGCUCGUCGUCGGGCUAAGAUGCUCAGUCCAAGCUCAGCGUCAAAGAUGCAGACCUUUGACCUCACCUGGGCUGUGACCCGUCCAGUUCUCAUUCUGCUGCCCAUCCUGGGUCUGACCUGGCUGUGUGGAGUCCUGGUCCAUCUAUCUGUUGUCGUUGCCUAUGUCUUCAUCGCUCUCAAUUCCUUCCAGGGCCUGUAUGUCUUCCUUGUAUAUGCAGUUUACAACAGUGAGGUGAGGAAUGCCAUAAAGAGGAUCAAAGAAAAGCGAAAGGCCUUAUCUUUCACGAACUGCUCCCAGCCAACCAGCUUCCUACCUUCCCAGAGGGUCCCAAUUACCUCCUGGGGCCACAGUCCACCGUCCCCCUCCAGUCCAGAGACCAGUGAGACCUCUGGACCCACCAGCUCCACCUCCACCUCACUGGUCAUCAAAAAUGAGAGUUUCAGAAAGGAGAGUUUUGUGAGUUUCUCUUUGAAACCAGCAUCAGGAAACCAAGUGGUGCAGCUGACUGGGUUCAAGCCUUCAGGUUGUUGAACUACAAAUGGAGUGGAACCUGUACGCAAUUACGACAAACACAUCAUCACCCCUCUGAAAGCAGAGACGACUGGAGCCACACACACUGCACACAGAGCAUGGAAGAAAUGGAGUAUGAAGGAAAGCUGGAGCUCCACCUUCUGCCACACUGUCACUGUCAUUUCCACAGAUCAGAUCACAACCACCCCGACCAUGUAGUGUCUCACAUGUGUUGUGUAUUUUUACAUCAGCGAAGAGGUUUAAGUCCCAAUUCACUCACAAUUCUCUUUUGGUUUCACUGUGCAGGAUGAUGUUUGUUUACUAGAUGAGCGCUUUCUGAUUGUUCUGCUGAAAGUUCAAGCAGGAUUUGUGACAUCAGAAAUGAUUUGGAGCCUGUACAGGUCCAACAGACAGAGCCGGUGUGGAAAUGUGAAGCCUGAGCGACACAAACACUCAGACGUCGUGUAUCCAGUAGCUAAACUGUUGACAUUACAAAUAAUUUCAUCUUCAUAGAUGGAUGGAAGCGUAGAUGUGAUGUGAAUGUUUUUGUAUGGGAAAAUCAUAUCAGAGACAAAUAAUUAUUAAAGCAGAGUAUUUCAUAUAUCUCUAAACGUGUCAGGGGAGGUUAUAUCCGUACCUCUGGAAGACGUGUGUGUCACAGCAACCUUAAAGGGUCACUUCACCUAAAUCCCAUAUCACACCUGAGGACCACUGAUGUCUUUUGUUUCUUUUUUGAUGCCUCUGUCAUCUGGAAAUGGUAUUUUAAAAACAGUAACAAUCUGUUUAGAAGCAACAUCUGGGUCCGUCUGCAGAAGUACAUCUACAGUUUUUGUAAAUUAUCCUGCACAGUCAGGACACUAUAUCUGGAAUGACAGGAUGCUGUUGCUGCAAUUGAACAAUAUUAUGUAUACAUUUCAGUUAAUGUACACUACCGUUCACGAGUGUGGGGUCUAACAUUAAAUGAAUGAUAAAUCCAGUGUAGACAUCGUUAAUGUGGUAAAUGACUAUUGUAGCUGGAAACGGCUGAUUUUUAAUGGAAUAUCUCCAUAGAGGUACAGAGGAACAUUUCCAGCAACCAUCACUCCUGUGUUCUAAUGCUACAUUGUGUUAGCUAAUGGUGUUGAAAGGCUCAUUGAUGAUUAGAAAACCCUUGUGCAGUUAUGUUAGCACAUGAAUAAAAGUGGGAGUUUUCAUGGAAAACAUGAAAUUGUGUGGGUGACCCCAAACUUUUGAACGGUAGUGUAAUUCAUACAGCGCUUGAGGCAAACUUCUCAGCAGCACAUCUCUACAAUUAAUGACACCAAGCUAUUGCGUGUGCUGUGUUAUGUGUGUUGAUGAACUAACUAACCCUUCAACUUGUUUCUUUUUUUGCCUGAUUUGGAUGUUGUCCGACCAUUCAAUAUUCACUGUUAUUACUUUUACAUCCACACAGCAACAACAAUAUUGUCUGACUGUCAAUACCAACAACAUUUAGACACUGCACAGGGUCGUUAAGAAUUAUUAGUAACCAAGGAGACCAGUCAGUGAUAUUUAGUACUGAUGCACAUUUGCAGUGAAAAUCAAAAUCUUGCUGUCAGUGUUUAGAAUAACACAAACUCCUAUACAAAACUGUGUUUAAAUGUCUGUGUUUAUGUUUUACAUGUUUAAUUACAAGAGAACUGUUGGACACUAACUGUCAGUUGUGGUGAUAGGUAGAGCUGUGGGAGACACAUUGCUCAAGACUACACAGUGGUGAGUACAGAUAGAGAAAUGAGACUAUAUCUGAGCAAAACUGCACACUUCUGAAUGAACAUUUAUUAAUAAUUUUGUCCAAAAUUGGUUUCAAAAAACAUUUUAAUACCCAGAAAUAGUGAAAAUGCUGCAUAUCAGAUGCAAUCUGUUGAGUCCUACGCUUGAUUCCUGUAAAAUUCUCAAAAAUGUAGUGUGCAUGAAUAUGAUCCUAUGAGCACAGAUCUGUGACUGCUGCUUUUUUAGACUUUGUUCUCAUUCUCUCCUCCUGUGUAGUUAAAAAAAAAAAGCUCCACAAUUCAGUAUUAACUCAGACUUAGCUUGAAAAACAAGAACACGUUACUUGUUGUGUUAUAGUUGGGGCACAGUUUCAGCAUGGAUCAUUGAGUUUAAUGGUGGUGUGCCAGAAAGUGCGAUCACUGCUCUAAAGAAGACUUUAUUUUCACAGCUGAACAGGCAGGCAGUUGCACUUACUCUGUAGAUUUAAGGCGCAUGUCCUGUUGCUUUCUGUUUAAUACCUGUCUGUAUGAUCUGGUUGCAUCAUGUUUUUGGAGACACUGGUUAUAGGUGGCAGCCAUUUUGACAUCGCUGUCUUUGUGAGUCUCUGUGGACACGCUGCCGUUCAGUGUUACUCUGGUUAGAUGUCCUGACCUUCCAGGAGUCUUGUUGCAGCAGCUGAUGUAAAUCCUAAAGUAACAAUCAUGUUAUCUUUAAUGUUAGUGUCUGCAUUCCAAAGGUCUGCUAUGAUCUAAAAUGUGUGUCUUGUGUGAGCUGUAAUUUUCAACAUGAUCUGCAUGCUAUAUGUUUAGCCAUGUGUGUAGUUGGACAUUUGGGGAACAAAUCAGUUUCCCUCUGAAGACUUUUGUUGUGUCAUAAACGGUAACCACUAUGUAAAACAUUAAAAAAUGAGAAUAAAGGCAUGUUAAAGACA